CCAUUCGCUUCGCUCUUCCUUCCCACCGGCCACCACGCCUCAUCAGCCAUGGCCGCCUCCUUCUUCCACCCUCUCCUCCCUCCCAAGCCCGUCCUCCCCACUCCCGCUCCCAAACCCCAACUCCCCCUUACCACCACCGCCGUGCGCUGCACCGCGUCGCCCAAUUCCAAACCGCCCACUACCACCACCACAAACACAAAGCCCACCCAGCAAGAGAGCACCCAGGAGCAAGAACCCACCCCGGACGAGGCCAACGCCAACCCCCGCAGCAUCCCCGACGACGAGACCCCGCCGUCGGCGACGGCGACCACCUCCUUCUCGGUGGUCCGCCGCAUCCCGUCCGCCAUCUCCACGGACGGCCGCCUCCGCCGGACGGCGCUGACGCAGGAGGAGCCGCCCAACUUCGAGAUCGGCUGGAAGCGCACCAAGCCCGUGCCCCCGGAGAAGCCCAAGGGCUGGGCCAUCGCCGACUUCCUCGAGAAGCUCGAGGGCCUGAUGGCGCGCGGCCGGUACGGGUCCGGCCCGCUGCUGGGCACCGUGGCGGGCGUCGUCACCGAGCGCGCUCGGGAGGAGGCGGAGAUCCUCAUGGCCGAGGGCGGCGUCGACGAGCGCGUCGCCACGGAGCUCUUCCGCGUGCUGCGCCUCGUCGAGAUGGACGUCGAGAUGGUCAAGGCCGCCGUCAAGGAGGAGACCGUCAAGGAGCGCGUCGAGACGGCGCGCGCGCGCUGCCGCCAGGCCAUCCUCGUUGCGCUCUCGCUCUGACUCCCUCGCACGCACGCUCGCUAGGUGUAAUUUACACAACUUCCAAUUUGUAUACUCCUACUUUACGACGAGAGUCAUCAGACAGAAGCUCACGAUUAAGGUUCUGAGCAAUAGAAAAUUGCAUUCGCUGCACUUGUCAAUACUAUGCUAGUUUGAUACCUUCUGAUAUGGUGUUCCAUAGAAUGCUGCUGUGGGCACGAGUCAUAGAUUUGCACUAUUAUGGUAGUAAUUGUAGCCAGACUUUAGCCAGAGUAUUUGGGGAUAAGAUUGGACCCUACGUGCAAUUUGAGAUGAAUAAUCAGGGGAGUGCGUCUAUUACUUACCUCUCUAUUCAAGUUUCA